AUGAUCAGCAAGAGCUUCGCCUGGGCUUUGCUGCCCGCCCUUGUGGUUUCAGCAGCUGUUAACCCCUCUGGAUCGACAUUCGACUACGACGCUCUUAGUCUGCGGACCGUCGGUGCCCCAAAUACCCUGGAAUGGCGCGUCUGGCUCGAGAAAAACGGUGAGCCGAUCUCCUUCUGGCACGACGUCCCCCUCUACCCCGAAAACUCCGACAAGCAAAUCGUCAACUUCGUCGUCGAGAUCCCACGCGGGACAGACGGCAAGAUCGAAAUCCGGCGUCCGGAGCCACUCAACCCCAUCUUCCAUGACGAUAAGAAUGAUGCUCCCCGUUUUGUCGAGAGUGUUUGGCCAUUCAACUCGUAUCCAUUCCUGUACGGAUCUAUCCCACAAACAUGGGAGAGUCCGAACUUCAACCACAGCUUCACCAAUGUGCCUGGUGACAAUGAUCCCAUGGACCUGUUUGAUAUCGGUCAGGACCCUGGAUACACCGGCCAAGUAAAGCAGGUGAAGAUCCUUGGUGCGCUUGCGCUGAAUGAUGGUGGUGAGACGGAUUGGAAGGUUUUGGGUAUCGAUGUUGAGGAUCCCAUUGCUCCUUUGGUUGACAACUUCAAAGACGUCGAGAAGUACCGCCCUGGUUUGAUCAAGUCCUACUACGACUGGUUUACUUACUACAAGGUCGCCCGCGGCGACGACCUAAUACCCAUAACGGGCGACAGAUAUGUCAACGCCACAUUCGCAACAACCAAGGUAGAGGAAAGUCACAGCUUCUGGCUCGACCUGAUCAAGGGCAAGGUCGACGCCAACGAAAUCAACUACAACCAGACCUCCCGGCCAGAUAUUCCUCACAGUUUCGUGUCCAAGAACACCACCACCCGUCGAUUUGACAUUCCUGCCCAGUCUGAUGAGAAGCCUGCUGCGCCUAAGCCUGCCCGGUAUGACCAGUGGUUUUACCUCGAUGAGGAUUUCAAACUUAUUGAGGAGAAUGUUGUUGAGUAA